AUGGCUUUGCAUCAACCAAGAUGCUAUUUUAUGCUGAACGAUGGCUUUGCUGAAAGCCAAGAGGCAGUGUUCGAAAGACCAACGAUGAACAUGAAAAAUCAUUUGAAACCACUGCUGAUAAGGGCAAAAGUGGAAGGCGUAACUGUCAACAAAGUUUUGGUCGAUUGUGGUGCCACAGUCAACAUCAUGCCACACCAUAUUCUGAAGAAGAUUGGAAAAUAUGAUACCGACAUCAGGUCUAAUAAUGUAGUCUUGUCGGACUAUGGAGGAAAGACGAAAAGCACCAUGGGAGUGAUUAUGGUGAACAUCACAGUGGGUUCAGUAACCAGGCUGACACUAUUCAUUGUGAUAGACGCUAAGCCAAGUUACAACUUGCUACUUGGCAGGGAGUGGCUACAUGGCGUCGUAGUUGUACCAUCUUCAACACACCAAAGGCUGGUGAUUUGGAGAGAGGAUGGGGUGGCCGAAAAUAUUGAAGCCGACCAAGGAUACUUAUGGCCGACGUGA